AAUCGACAUCAUCAAAAAGCGACUAAAAGGUUGCGUGAAUCUUACGCGACGCGUUCUCGCGCACGUCUACUGUUGAAACAAAAAUCAGUAGCUGAAUCUUAAAACCAUUGAAUAUUUGUACGACCAUCCUUGAUACACAGACGGAGCGUCACCGUGUCAACUAGAGGGCUUUAUAUUCAGCAUGUAUCACAACAGCUCUCAGAAGAAAUUCUGGACUUACGACAAAGAGGAAUCCUUAGAUAAACUAAGACUAGAAGCUAAUCGGAAGUUCUGCUCAAAAGGCAUGUCCAGUGGGAAGCCUGGAAUAAAUAAAUCCAUGUUUCUUGAUGAGCAAGAAGAGAAGGUGCUCUUCAGACACUAUGAGAAGAGAUUGCUAGACUUCUGUGCCAUAUUCAAGCCUGCCAUGCCUAAAUCUGUCGUGGGCACAGCUUGUAUGUAUUUUCGAAGAUUCUAUUUGAACAACUCUUUGAUGGAGUAUCACCCUCGGACGAUAAUGUUGACAUGUGCGUAUCUCUCCUGUAAAGUGGAUGAGUUUAAUGUGUCCAGCACUCAGUUUGUGGGGAACCUUCAGGAGAGCCCAGCAGGACAGGAGAGGGCUCUAGAACAGAUUCUGGAGUAUGAGCUGCUUCUUAUCCAGCAGCUUAAUUUCCAUCUGGUUGUUCACAAUCCUUAUCGGCCCUUGGAGGGUUUCCUGAUUGACUUGAAGACCAGAUACCCAUUGUUAGAGAACCCAGAGAUGCUGAGAAAGAGUGCAGAAGACUUUCUCAACAGAGCAGCAAUGACAGAUGCUGGACUCCUCUUUUCUCCGUCUCAGAUCGCCCUUACCGCCAUCCUUAACGGUGCUGCACGUGCUGGCCUCAAGAUGGAGGCAUAUUUGACCGAAUGCAUGGGGCUUAAGGGGGAUAAAGAGACCCUCUCAAAGAUGUACGAGUCAAUGAGACGAAUAACAAGUCUUGUUAAAGCAUACGAGCUUCCCAAAGCUGAGGAGGUCAAUACCUACAAACAGAAACUGGAAAGGAUUCAUGCUGAAUUUGCUACAAACUUGAAAAGAAAACAUGGAUAUGAAGAUGAUGAUCACGUGGCGAAAAGGCAGAUGGUGGCUGAGGAAGAGUGGACCGAUGAGGAUUUGGAUGCAUUGUGACAAUGAAAUUGUUUUUAAAUUGGCAACGUCCUCUGAACAGGUUGAGUGAUUGCCAUAACUGACUGAGGAUGCACUUCUCAAACUGGAUUGUAGAUAUUUUAGCAAAAUGUCAUGUAAAGCUUUUUCUUCUGUGAAAAUAAAACAUGGUUUUUUAUUAUUAA